CCAGAAUUCGGAGCGCGGAAGAGCCCGAGCUGCUGCCGCCCCGGGCGCGAGCCCCGUCCCCGCCGUGGGCGCCCGAACGUACGUCGCGAGAAGAUGGUGGUCCUCCGCAGCAGCCUGGAGCUGCACAGCCACUCCGCUACUUCGGCCACGGACUCCCUGGACCUGUCCAACGAGUUCCUCAGCCUGGAGCAGCUCGGCCGGAGGCGGCUGCGCUCGGCCGGCGCGGCGGCGAAACCUGCCGUCACCGCGGCCGCCGCGGGCGAUGGGUCUUCAGUUAAGAAAGUUGAAUCUUACCACCGGACGCGUGCUUUAAGGUCUUUGAGAAAAACUGCACAGAAUUCUUCAGAUUCUAGUUUUGAUAAGAAUAUGGAAAUAACGGAGAAACAUGCUAAUGGCAGACAUUUUACAAGGCAGUUGGCUAGGCAGCAGGCUGAUAAAAAAAAAGAGGAGUGCAAAGAAGACAAAGUGAUUCCAGUUACUAGAUCUUUGAGGACUAGAAACAUUGUUCAAACUACAGAACACUUGCAUGAAGAGAAUGGUGAUGUUGAAGUUCGUCGCAGUUGUAGGAUUAGAAGUCGUUAUGGUACUGUGAACCAGUCUGUGCUAUUUGACAAACUUAUAACAAACACUGCUGAAGCUGUACUUCAAAAAAUGGAUGAUAUGAAAAAGAUGAGAAGACAGAGAAUGAGAGAACUUGAAGACUUAAGAGUAUAUGAUGAAGCAACAGAAGACAAUCUUAAUGUGUAUACAAGAGGAAAACAAAAAAGUAUUCAAAGAGCUGAUGAAGAAACAACUGAUAAUCAAGAAGGCAGUGUGGAAUCAUCUGAAGAGGGUGAAGAUCAAGAAGAUGAUGGUGAAGAUGAUGAAGAUGAAGAUGAAGAUGAUGAUGAUGAAGAUGAAGACGAUGGAGAAGAAGAUAAUCAGAAACGAUACUAUCUUAGACAGAGAAAAGCUACUGUUUACUACCAGGCUCCAUUGGAAAAACCUCGUCACCAGAGGAAGCCCAACAUAUUUUAUAGUGGCCCAACUUCUCCUGCAAGACCAAGAUAUCGAUUAUCUUCUGCGGGACCAAGAAGCCCUUAUUGUAAACGAAUGAACAGGAGAAGGCAUGCAAUCCACAGUAGUGACUCUACUUCAUCUUCCUCUUCUGAAGAUGAACAACAAUUUGAGAGGCGAAGAAAAAGGAGCCGUAAUAGAGCCAUUAAUAGGUGCCUCCCACUAAAUUUUCGGAAAGAUGAAUUAAAAGGAAUUUAUAAAGACCGAAUGAAAAUUGGAGCAAGCCUCGCUGAUGUUGAUCCAAUGCAACUUGAUUCUUCAGUACGAUUUGAUAGUGUUGGUGGCUUAUCCAAUCAUAUUGCAGCUCUAAAAGAGAUGGUGGUGUUUCCAUUGCUCUAUCCAGAAGUUUUUGAAAAAUUCAAAAUUCAACCCCCAAGAGGUUGUUUGUUUUAUGGUCCACCUGGAACUGGAAAAACUCUAGUUGCUAGAGCACUUGCCAAUGAGUGCAGUCAAGGGGAUAAGAGAGUAGCAUUUUUCAUGAGGAAAGGUGCUGAUUGUCUGAGUAAAUGGGUAGGGGAAUCUGAAAGACAGCUGCGACUGCUAUUUGAUCAGGCCUAUCAGAUGCGUCCGUCGAUUAUUUUCUUUGAUGAAAUUGAUGGUCUGGCUCCAGUACGGUCAAGCAGGCAAGAUCAAAUUCACAGCUCUAUUGUUUCCACCCUGCUAGCUCUCAUGGAUGGAUUGGAUAGCAGAGGAGAAAUUGUGGUCAUUGGUGCUACCAAUAGACUAGAUUCUAUAGACCCUGCUUUACGAAGACCUGGUCGUUUUGACAGAGAAUUCCUUUUUACUCUGCCUGAUAAAGAUGCUCGAAAAGAGAUUCUAAAGAUUCACACAAGAGAUUGGAAUCCCAAACCUCUGGACACAUUUCUAGAAGAGCUAGCAGAAAACUGUGUUGGAUAUUGUGGUGCAGAUAUUAAGUCAAUAUGUGCUGAAGCUGCUUUAUGUGCUCUUCGUCGACGCUAUCCACAGAUCUAUACCACUAGUGAGAAACUACAGUUGGAUCUCUCAUCAAUUAAUAUCUCAGCUAAGGAUUUCGAGGUAGCUAUGCAAAAGAUGAUACCAGCCUCCCAAAGAGCUGUGACAUCACCUGGGCAGGCCUUGUCUGCCAUUGUGAAACCACUGCUGCAAAGCACUGUUCACAAGAUCUUAGAAGCCCUGCAGAAAGUAUUUCCACAUGCAGAAAUCGGAACAAAUAAAGAUAUUGAUUCAGAUAUUUCUUGUCCUCUGUUAGAAAGUGACUUGGCAUACAGUGAUGAUGAUGUUCCAUCGGUGUAUGAAAAUGGACUUUCUCAGAAAUCUUUGAAUAAGGCAAAACAGAAUUUUCUUCAUUUGCAUAGAAAUGCUUGUUUCCAACCUAUGUCUUUCCGACCAAGAAUGUUGAUCGUGGGAGAACCAGGGUUUGGACAGGGUUCACACUUGGCACCAGCUGUCAUCCAUGCUUUGGAAAAGUUUACUGUAUAUACAUUAGACAUUCCUGUUCUUUUUGGAGUUAGUGCCACAUCCCCUGAGGAAACAUGUGCCCAGAUGAUCCGUGAAGCUAAAAGAACAGCACCAAGUAUAGUGUAUGUUCCACAUAUCCACUUGUGGUGGGAAAUAGUUGGACCAACACUCAAAGCCACGUUUACCACGUUAUUACAGAAUAUUCCUUCAUUUGCUCCAGUUUUACUACUUGCAACUUCUGACAAACCCCAUUCUGCUCUACCAGAAGAGGUGCAAGAAUUGUUUAUCCAUGAUUAUGGAGAGAUUUUUAAUGUCCAGUUACCGGGUAAAGAAGAACGAACAAAAUUUUUUGAAGAUUUAAUUCUAAAGCAAGCUGCUAAGCCUCCUGUUUCAAAAAAGAAAGCAGUUUUGCAGGCCUUGGAGGUACUCCCAGUAGCACCACCACCUGAGCCAAGACCAUUGACAACAGAAGAAAUGAAAAGACUAGAAGAACAAGAAGAAGAUACAUUUAGAGAACUGAGGAUUUUUUUAAGAAAUGUCACACAUAGACUUGCUAUUGAUAAACGAUUCAGAAUAUUUACUAAACCUGUUGACCCUGAUGAGGUUCCUGAUUAUGUCACUGUGAUAAAACAACCAAUGGACCUUUCAUCUGUAAUAAGUAAAAUUGAUCUACACAAGUAUCUGACUGUGAAAGACUAUUUGAGAGAUAUUGAUCUAAUCUGUAGUAAUGCUUUAGAAUAUAAUCCAGAUAGAGAUCCUGGAGAUCGCCUUAUUAGGCAUAGAGCCUGUGCUUUAAGAGAUACUGCCUAUGCAAUAAUUAAAGAAGAACUUGAUGAAGACUUUGAGCAGCUUUGUGAAGAAAUUCAGGAGUCUAGAAAGAAAAGAGGUUGUAUCUCCUCCAAAUAUGCCCCAUCUUACUACCAUGUAAUGCCAAAGCAAAAUUCCACUCUAGCUGGUGAUAAAAGAGCUGAUCCAGAGCAAAAUGAAAAGCUGAAGAUGCCCAGUCUCCCCAUGGCUUGCAGCACUCCUGCUCAGUUGAAGAGAAAAAUUCGGAAAAAGUCAAAGUGGUACCUAGGCACCAUAACAAAGCGAAGGAAGAUAUCACAGGCAAAGGAAGAUAGCCAGAACGCCGUAGAUGACAAAAUCGAGAGUGAUACAGAGGAAACGCAAGAUACAAGUGUAGACCAUAAUGAGACUGGAAACACAGGAGAGUCUUCAUUAGAAGAAAAUGAGAAGCAGCAGAAUGCCUCUGACUACAAAAUAGAAUCGGGAAAUAAUAAUUCAAGUACUUGUAAUACCGAGAAUGAACUUGAAGAAUCUGCAAAGACUGCAGCUUGUACAGAAUUGAGAAAAGAUAAGAUUGCUUGCAAUGAAGCUGCUUCCGGCUCUCGGAUAAUAGAUGGUUCUGAGGAAAGUGAAGCAAAGGAAAUGUGUGUUCUGCGAAUGACUCGAGCUAGACGUUCUCAAGUUGAGCAACAGCAACUCAUCAGUGUGGAAAAGGCUUUGGCAAUUCUUUCUCAACCAACACCCUCACUUGUUGUAGACCAUGAGCGAUUGAAAAAUCUUUUGAAAACCAUUGUGAAAAAAAGUCAAAAAUACAAUAUAUUGCAAUUGGAAAAUUUGUAUGCAGUGGUCAGCCAGUGUAUUUAUCAGCAUCGUAUGGACUAUGAUAAAACCACACUUAUACAGAAAAUGGAGCAAGAGAUAGAAAACUUCAGUUCUUCCAGAUCAUGAUGUUAUGGUAUCCGAUAUUGUUUAUGUUCAGUUCCUAUUUAAUUCACUUUACAUGUCCACAUAACUGAUGCAAGAUGAAAUCCUGCAUCAUAAAGGAAAAAAUUAAUAGUAAAAGUAUUUAAACUUUGCUGGUAUUUAUGUACAUGUGUAAGGUAAAUUACAUAUAUAAGAGAACUGAUAAAUAUUGGAAGUUUGCUUGAACAAGGCAUUGUAAUAAUAGUUGAAAUUUGGCCAACUGUUAAUAAAGUUAUUUUGAUAACAGAAGUUUUAUGGCACUUUAGAGUAAUUAGCAACAUUGAAAUUUUUGUAUUGAGCACUUUUAAUUCUGUUCUUCCUAAAAAUAGUUUACUAUAUCAGAAUAGACACUUACCUAACCCUGUGUCCUUGCCAUUCUUUUUGUCUUUUUUGUUUUCUUUCAUGUCCUUCUCCCAUCUGCUUUUAACAUCAUUGCUUGUCCACUUAAAGCCAGAAUUCCAGUCAUGAUUACGGGAGGACCCUUGAACAUCUUUUGACUCUACCACAGUUCUUCAUUUAAAUAUCAGAAGUAAUGUUUUUAGAUAAACAUUUUUAUAAUCUGAGUAAAUAAAGAUUUUUAAAAUUUUUUUGUUUACUUUUAUAAUUAUACUCAUAACAAUCUAAUAACUACCUUGUUAAACAUCUUUUUAAUAGUACAGAGUUUUUAUUUUGAAAACUUUCUAUAUUUCUAAAAUUGUGUAGGUUAUAUAGAUACAUUUUAUAUGCAACUAUAUAAAUACAAAUACAAAUUUUGUAUUAAUACCAAAAA